UCCAAACCGACCUUUGCAAAAAGCCAGAAUCGCAACGCCACAGCAUCAACUGAGCCACAGCGCAGUGCCACUGCGGCUUGGAAUGAUGCUGAAAAAGUGAUGCGACUUCGUAGGCCGUGCGACGAGUGGCCAAUGUGUGUGUGUAUGCUUCAACAUUCAUUUCCGGCUUCAUUGUAUUUUCUUGGCUGAGUACAGCUCCUUCUUUCUCAACUAUCUAUUUAGCAAAUGUGGCCAUCAGUGAUCUCAAAUGUUCCAGAAUUCAAAUGUUCCAGAAUCGCUUCAAUCCACUUCGCAUUGCAGGUUCCAACUGUCGCUUUGUUCAAAAUCUCCCCAUCGUGGUUUUGGAAGGAAAGGUGAGUCUGCUUCUGGACGCAUGCCUCCGGUACAUUGGUGCUACUUGUGUCAGGCAGAAGAGACGCUGACAGGGGAGGCCAACUAUGCGCAAUUUACAGUUUUGGCUCACUUUCGCAUGCACUUUUGGAUGCGCAAUGUAGACUGGGGUACUCGGCUCGAGGAGAUUGAGCCGAGGUUUCUCAGACCAGCUCCGUGCGAAGCUUACAGUGUCAACGUACAAUAUGCACAGUGGGGGCUUGUACCUCUGCCCUUGCCAAGCAAUAAUAUUUGUUGGCCACACCAUCGGUCGACGCCACAAUGUGGCAGGUGUUGUCACUCGGAUCUCGUGACAGUCCGCGUGACAGGAAUGCUCAUAUUUUCGUGCGCUUGGACUCGCACAGGAGAGGCAAACCGAUCGCGGUUUGCGCAAAAGAGCCUUGAGGAACGAAGGUGAGUUUUGCAGCCCGAGUCUGUCUGUUGGCACCUAUUGGAGCUACUUAUCGCUGCAGCCCAAUUUGGGUUGCCAAAAUGCAGUUAGGUUAAGACCCUGUGGCGGACGCGUUUUGUCUAUGUGUUGCUGACUCAGCAGACCCAAAGAUUCAUACUACACCGGUUCUCCGACCAGUAAAAUAGCUUAGCGCAAAGGCCCUCUGGGGUGUGUCCCCCCGGGCGAAAUAAAAUCCAUCCAUCCAUCCAGACAGGGACUCCCGGGCGU